ACUAAACGACUGUAACGCCAUCUGAAAGUUGUUAUAACGUCUACGUGUCGAUAGAGCCAUGAAGUUCAAAAUUGGUUACAUUUGUUUUUUUCUAAUUUGCUUUGUUAAAGCUGAAGAAGUUUGUGAAAGUCCUGAUUCAUGUAAAACAGAAAAUACAUCCGAAUCUCACGAAAAAUCAAAAUAUACCGCAAAUGAACAAAAGUGGUCAAAAUAUAUCAAUAAAAUAAAUGAAGCCUUGAAGAAUUAUAAUGAUUGCACCUCUGAAGACUGUUCAUGCUAUUUUCCAACAUUAGAAGAAGAUUUGGAUCCAUUUAAGAAUGGUAUUACAAGGGAAGAUUUAGCCAAAGGCGGGGAUAGAGGAAUGAAAUAUCAAAUUGUAAAUCAUAAACUCUACAGACAAUCAGACUGUAUGUUCCCAUUUCGUUGUAGCGGAGUUGAACAUUUCAUAUUGAAAAUAAUUAAAAAACUGCCCGAUAUGGAAUUUAAACUGAACGUUCACGAUUAUCCAAUGACUUAUAAGUAUCCCGGUUCAGAACCUGCACCAAUAUUUUCCUUUAGUAAAAUAGCUACAAGCCAUGCUGAUAUUAUGUAUCCGGCAUGGACUUUUUGGGAAGGAGGACCAGCAGUUUGGCCUAUUUAUCCAACUGGCUUGGGUAGAUGGGAUCAACAAAGGGAGCUAAUUCCAAAAAAGGCCAAGAAAUUUCCAUGGGAAAAAAAAGAAAGCAUUGCUUUCUUUCGUGGCUCCAGAACUAGUGCAGAACGUGAUCCUCUAGUCCUCCUCUCCCGAGAUAAGCCCAACUUGGCCGAUGCCCAAUAUACAAAAAAUCAAGCUUGGAAAUCUUCUGAAGACACGUUACACCGUGAACCAGCUAAAGAAAUACCAUUGGAUGAACACUGUAAAUACAAAUAUUUAUUCAACUUUCGAGGAGUGGCUGCUUCUUUUCGAUUCAAGCAUUUAUUUCUUUGUAAAUCUCUCGUCUUCCAUGUUGGUGACGAAUGGCAGGAAUUUUUCUACCAGACAAUGAAGCCAUGGGUUCAUUACAUUCCCGUCAGUACAGACCUAAAAGAAGCUGAAGAAUUAAUUAACUUUGUCAAAGAAAAUGACAAAAUCGCAAAAGAAAUAGCCAACAGAGGUUACGAAUUUAUAUGGAAUCAUUUAAGAAUGGAAGAUAUAGAAUGUUAUUGGGAAAAACUAUUAAAAAGAUACGCUAAACUUUUAAAAUUUAAAGUUAAAUUGGAUUCUUCUCUCAUAAGAAUUACUAAAAACAAUUAAAAUAUCUAAUUAUCUCACUACAACGAUUAGAUAGUCUUUCAAAUGAACAGAUUAACUAGAAGCCCGAAAAGUGAUAAUACGGUUACAUAUAUUUUUUUGAAGAUGUUUCAAAUUUAUUUAAAAUGGUUAAUAUAACUUUUCAUAAGAUUAAUGAAUAUUUACAUUAAUUUGAUCAUCCUCUUUUGUCACAAAUAAACAUUUAAUAAUGCAAA